AUGAAGAUUCUCCGCGAAGUCCCCAAAUUGCAGCACGACCGGCAAGUGAAUUCGCCUCUUGAGGACUGCGGCGACGAUGCCUUCUUCUUGGCCGGGGCCAACCAGACACUGACGGUGGGCGUUGCCGAUGGAGUUAGUAGCUGGGCGAGGUACGGCAUCAAUCCGGCACUCUUCGCCUGGGAGCUGAUGGUCCGCUGUGAGGGUGCGGCCAUGAGCGGGUCGCUGGAUGCCGGUGAGAUCUUAUCAGAAGGCUUCGAGACCGCGAUACGGGAGAAUGCCAGGCAGAUCGUGGGAAGCAGCACGGCCUGCAUCGCCUCGCUAGAUUGCAGCGCUGGGGAGUUGGAGGUGGCGAACCUCGGAGACAGCGGGGCUCUGGUGGUCCAACCAAACGGACACGUCUGCUUGGAGACGAAGGAGCAGCAGCACUAUUUCAACUGUCCGUAUCAGCUUGUCUGCGUGCCCCCUCGGCGAUCGGGAGGCUCUGCCAUGAGCAGCCAGGGGGAUCUGCCCGCCAGCAGCGAGAAAUAUGCCACGGAUGUGAGGCCAGGGGAUGUGUUGAUCUUGGCCACCGAUGGCUUCUUCGACAAUGUCUGGAAGGAGCAAGCCGUCAGUGUGGUGCUUUCCAUGGCCUCGGCACCGGCUGCAGAGAUUGCGGACCGCCUUGUGCGCGUGGCUUAUGCGGCCUCACAGUCGCUGAAUGAGACGCCUUUCGGCCGUGCGGCAGCGCAGCACGGCAUUCGCCGCCCGACCGGCAUUAAAGAAAGCCGAGAGAGCCAAAGCUGGGCUUCGGGUUUGGUGCUUUUGAAACUUUUGGUCGUUCUGGCGGAGAGUUGUGCGACGCAGUUGUGCGAUCAGUCCGGAGUUGGGAGCUUUGCGAUAAAGCUGUACGAGGUAUAG